AUGCGAACAUAUGUACCUUCCAAACCUAAUCCACUUGUCCUCAAAAAUUUUAUUUUAGCGUCUUCAGAUGGACUUGUCCUUGAUUUUGCUAUAUACACUGGCAAAGGAACAAUUCCUGACAGCGAUCAAAAAGAACAUGGCCUGGGAGCGGGUAUACUCAAACUACUGGCUAGAACUAUAUCCAAUGAUUACAAUCAUGUAAUUUACAGUGACAGAUUUUUCACCAGUACAAAAUCUGUUCAGCUUUUACUAGACAGGAAUAUAUUUCAGACAGGAACUGUGAUGGCCAAUAGAAUAAAAGAAGUAGCUUCUAAGUUCAAGAGAGAUCAGGAGCUGCAGCGGGGGCAAUGGGAUGAGUACGUAAGGAAGGACCAGGAAAUUUGUGCCCUCAAAUGGAAGGACAAUAAAUCCAUCACUUUCUUAUCUUCGUGCAUAGGGAUCGAACCAGAGGGUACCUGCAAACGAUGGUGCAAUACAGAAAAAGCAAAGGUGUUGUCAAAAAGAUGGGAUACCAAAACAAAAGUGGAUGUCUCUCAUAAACUUCAGAAUUCACUUGUCCCACGACUUGGUAAAGUCUUAAAAAUUGUAGACUCACUGGAACAGUCGAAAGAAAUUUUUCCGAGUGUGACGCAGGAGUAUGUCAACAGUUCUGAUGAAGAUGAGCAGCAUCAGCCCACAAAACGAAGACGAAUUGUACCAAAGCCAACUAGAGAAAGCAAAUGUGACAGGGUUGACCACCUUCCUGAAUAUAUUGAGAGUAGUUUUGCCUCAAGGGGUCGGUUACUAGGGUGCAAGUCACGUUCUUGCAUAAUGUGUAAAAAGUGCAAAGUUUAUUUGGGCGUAUUAAAAAACAAUUGUUUUGCUAAAUUCAAUAAACAUGAGAAGUAA